GACAGCAGCCGAGCACCUUCAAACAACAGUCCAGCGACCAGCACCUUCCAGCUUUCAGCACCUUCCAGCACCUUUCAGCUUUCCGACAAGAAUGUCUCAUGGAGAAGCUUCAACAGCUGCCACUAGUGGAAAAUGUUCGAAUAGAACUGAUCCGGGCUGGAAGUAUUGUUCUCCCGUUGAUGAAAAGUUGACUAGUAAAGUCAAAUGCCACUUUUGCAACAAAGAGAUGAACGGGGGCAUCACAAGAGCAAAAGAGCAUCUGAUGGGCAAGAAAGGAAAGGUUGCCCCAUGUCCUAGUUGUCCGAAACAGGUGCGAGAUGAGCUUUGGGAUCACUUCCAAUCCAAAAAAAAUUUUGGAAGCUCAGAUUUUGCGAAGUAUACACAGUAUGUCGAUCUAGGUAGUACUGAUAGUACGAGUGGCAUUGGCAAUGCAGAUGAAGAUGCUACAGUAGUGAGAGGGCCGAUGGAUGCGUUUAUGAAAAGGGGUGCAGCUGCAAGUGCUGGAAAACUAAGCAAAGAGAAUAUGAGGCAACAGAAUGUGAAAGAAUCUCUUGAUAAAAAUGCUGUAGCACUAGUCCACCAGGAUAUUGCUCGGUUUUGGUAUCAUGCAGGCUUGUCGUUCAAUGCGAUUCGGUUGUCGUACUUUGAUCGGAUGGUUAAAUCAAUUGGAGAAUUUGGCAAGAAUUUGCCAGUUCCGAGCUAUCAUGACAUCAGAGUUCCUCUUUUGCACAAAGAGAUGGAACAUACUGAAGCAUUAUUGGAGAAAAAGAAGAAGGUAUGGACGGAGGUUGGUUGCUCGAUUAUGUCAGAUGGAUGGUCUGAUCGGAAACAGAGGAGUAUUAUUAACUUUUUAGUUAAUUCUCCUAGUGGAUCGGUAUUUAUUAGAUCUAUUGAUGCAUCUGGCAUUGUGAAGACAGGAGAAAAAAUAUUUGAGAUGCUUGAUUCUAUGGUUGAUGAAAUUGGUGAAGAAAAUGUUGUCCAAGUAGUAACAGACAACGGGAGUAAUUAUGUUGCAGCCGGGAAGUUGUUGAUGGCAAAGAGAGAGCAUCUUUAUUGGACUCCAUGUGCGGCACACUGUAUAGACCUAAUGCUCGAAGAUAUUGGUAAGAUUGCCGUGAUUAAGAAUACAAUUAAGAGGAGUAUUAGUCUUGUUGGCUAUAUUUACAGUCAUGGUUUUACCUUAAACUUGUUAAGGACUACCACAAACAAGAAGGAGUUAGUGAGGCCGGCCAUCACUCGAUUUGCUACGUCCUAUCUAUCAUUGCAAAGGCUUCAAGAGGAAAGGGAGAACCUUAGGAAAAUGUUUACUUGUGAUGAGUGGAUGCAAAACAAGCUAUCAAAGGAGGCGAAGGGGAUCGAAGCAACAAAGACCGUCAUGAAGACUUCCUUUUGGAAUAAUGUCGUCUACAUUCUCAAAAUAAUGGGUCCCCUUGUAAGAGUGCUUAGAAUGGUGGAUGGUGAGAAGAAGGCAGCGAUGGGCUACAUCUAUGAGGCAAUAGAGAAGGCGAAAGAGGCGAUCAAGAAGUCUUUCAAUGGGAUUGAAAAAAAAUAUGAAGAUGUUUUCAAGAUAAUUGAUAAAAGAUGGAGUUGUCAACUCCAUAGGCCAUUGCAUGCAGCUGGAUACUUUCUGAAUCCAAGCAUCUUCUAUGAUAACAGGGACUUGAACUUUGACAGUGUGGUGACUAAAGGGUUAUAUGCAUGUAUUAAUCGAUUGGCGACAUCAAAAGCAGAGGAAGAUAGGGUGCUUCAACAGUUGAAUGUGUACACAAACGCCGCAGGCGACUUCUUUGGUACCGAGGCUGCGCAACGGCAAAGGAAGAUUGUACAUCCCGGUGCAGUAGAAUUAUAAAACUGUGUGCACUCAGCAACACUCCAAUCCCUUCUCAUGGACCUAGUGAUGAAGUUUUAUUGCAUCAAGUGCUUAUCAUCUUCACUUAUCUCAAUAUGAUGCUAUUCUAACUAUCAUAUUAUGUUACUGCAUCUUGGUAGUUCAAUUUUUUUAUGAUGAGUUAGCAUGUGGGUUUUCAAAUGUGGGCAUAUAGUUUUAUUGGAAUUCACUCUGAUGGCUCGUGGCUGUGGACCCUGCCGAUUGCCUCUUAACUAGAAAUUGAUUACACACAGUCUUAUCCCUGAUUGGCAUUUGGCCCUCAAACCUUGAUUGUUGCUUCAUAUAGUUUUUACAAAUGACUCGCUUGGACAUAAAUCCUGCAGUUAAUGAGGUAAUAGUUUCUUUUGCAGACACCAAAAACUUUAAUCUUCUGUCUGAAUGGACUUCAAAUUUGAAAAUUUACUUUACAUAUCAAGUCAUCUUUGUACUUUUCUGGUUAUAGUCUAUUUUUACCAAGUUCAAAUUCAUGUUUUCCUUAGAUACAUGUAUAGGACAUCAGGUUAACAGCUAGCUAGCUGCUAACUUAUUUUUAUUCCUGUGCUAUAGAAACUGGAAUAGGGGAAAGGGUACAUACCAUCUAA